AUGUCCCAUGCACACUUAGGAAAGCCUGCGGAGUUGCCAAGCACUGAGAAAUUGGAGAGGCACCAAGUUGUGGGUGGCCCCAAUGGUACCGGUCAGUGCAAGAAGUGCCAGCUCUCUUACCCAUCGGCGCUAUGCCCUACUAUGGAGGUUCUCAUUUCAAGACCUUGUAUGGGAUACUCCACAAGUGGAAAAGUUCAGAUCCUGUAUUCCAAGAAUUGGCCUCAAGAACUUCAAAUCCUUGCAAAGAACUUGGAUAUUGAAAACUGGCAAGCCAUGGCACACUCUGGGAGAAAGUUUCGCAUUGGGCCCAAUGCCCGUCUUUCGGAAUCUCCAGAACCCCAUGAGUUUCCGUUACUGUUGGAACCAGUCACUCAUGAACAGCUCUUGGAAGAACUUGAAGAACUUCAACUACAAGAGGAGUUACUUAGAGAACAGUUGCAGCUUGUUGAACUGGAAAAAGCCCUGAAUGACGAGCAACAGAAGUUGGUAGCCGAAGCGAUUCAACAAGCUCCCAAAGGUUGUUUGGAUGCCAUCGACACAGUUCCCUUUCAAGCGACACUGGCUAUGGAUCAACUGGAGGUUCCACAGGAGGUGCCACUCCCUGAGGAGAAGCCCUGCACUUUUGCUGAGAUGUGUGGAGCCCGUUUGCCUGAGACCCUGGCUCUUGGCGCCACCACUUCUGAACUUGGACCUCAGGAGUUGAAAGAUGCAGUAUCCCCGGGGGAUGGUGACCACAUCAACCCAGCACUGUUGCGGAUGAUCAUGGACAUGGGUCAUAGCAAGGAAGAUGCUUUGAAACUAUAUCCAAGCUAUGUGCCUUCCACCCCAGUGACAGAAACCAGUGAGAAAACCACGAUCCCUGGAAACCCACAUGAGGAAGGAACAGGUUCCACCGAAAAGUUUGAGGCUGAAGACGCACAGGAGGCCGCAGAGAAAAGACGAGAAGAUGAAGCUUGCAAGGCAGAAGAAAAGGACGAGUCUGAAGAAGAAGAAGAAGGAGAAGCAAAGGAGAUUGCAAAGAGCAGUCAAGCAGAGCACACCAGCCAACAUGCCAGGCCAGCUGUGCUGGAUACUGUGAAGGUUGUGUCCCCAGAAGAGCAACAGCCAAACAAGAGGAAAAAAAAGGAGGAAGCAGGUGAGGAAAGUGGCAGAGGCAGAGGACGUGGCCGAGGUAAAGGAGCAGGAAGAGGACGGAAGUCAAACAAGAGGACCAAGAAAGCAUCCAGUUGCUCAGAGUCAGAUGACAACCUUCGCUUUAGCGAUGAGGAGUCUGAGAAUGAAACUUCUGAAGUGGAAGAAUCCAAAAAGGGUCGCAAGACCAAGAAAGCCAAGGAUGCAGAUGAGAAGCCGAAAGGACGUAGAAGAAGCCAGAAGGACAAAGAGGAGAAGACAAAGGAGGACGCAGAUGAGGAGAAGCCAAAAAGACGCAGAAGAAGCCAGAAGGACAAGGAGGAGGAAGAUGAUGCACAUGAGAAGCCGAAAGGACGCAAGAGAAGCCAGAAGGAUAAGGAUGAGAAGAAAGAGGAGGAUGCAGAUGAGAAGCCAAAAGGACGCAAGAGAAGCCAGAAGGACAAGGAUGAGAAGAAAGAGGAGGAUGCAGAUGAGAAGCCAAAAGGACGCAAGAGAAGCCAGAAGGACAAGGAGGAGAAGACAAAGGAGGAUGCAGAUGAGAAGCCGAAAGGACGCAAGAGAAGCCAGAAGGACAAGGACGAGAAGACAAAGGAGGGCGCAGAUGAGGAGAAGCCAAAAAGACGCAGAAGAGGCCAGAAGGACAAAGAGGAGAAGCAGGAAGAUGAUGCAGAUGAGAAGGCCAAGAUCAGAAAGAUGAAGAAUGAAUCUCCCAAGACGGAUGAAGAGAAGCCAAAGAAGAGACGAAAGACCCUUCUGGAUCAGGAUCCAGAGAAGGAAGGAGAAAAGGAUGAAGAUGAAGUGAAGCCGAAAAGAAGACAAGCCAAGGAGCCAGCAGACGAAAAGGCAUUGAAAGAGAAGAAGGCAAAGCUCAGCAGGAAAUCAUCGGCCUACCAUGUUGCCAAGAAGCAGGCGUUGAAAGACGGGUUGUCAGAGGAGGAAGCGGUGGAGAAAGCUAAGGCUGUUUCUUGA